GUCCCUGCGAAGGUGGCGCAUAGAUUCGGGGCCCACAGGCAGAAGAUCAUCACGCAGGCGCACUGCCUUCCCGAUCCCAGGCGGUGUGGACUUACCCGGUACCCAGCCUGCUUGCUGAAGAAUCCUGUUCUUAUCUCCCCGGACAACCAUAGGAGGGAAUGGCUGCAGUGUCUCCACCUACAGAUGCCAGCCUUUUGUGACAUUUGAAGAUGUGGCCGUGACUUUCACGGAUGAAGAGUGGAGGCAUCUGCUUCCUGUGCAGAGGGCGCUCUACAAGACUGUGAUGCUGGAAAACUAUGAGAACAUCAUCUCACUGGGGCUUCCUGUUCCUCGACCUGACGUGAUUCUUCCAUUUCUUCAGUUGAAGAGCAGGGCUGAGCCAUGGACACAGGGGCUUCAUGGAUGUGAGGAGAAAGAAUGGCCAGACAGUGUCUCUCUAGACUGGGAGCCUAAGCCUAAGAUCCUAGAUGCUUCAGCAGGAACCCCGAGAGAGAGCCGUAGAAGACAAAGUCCUCUGUGCACUAAACUGGAAGUUCAGACACUAGCAGGUGGGUUGGAACCAGCAAAGGGAAGUCCUGCAGCAGAGACUUGCAGGAAACGUCUUUCCUUGAACAGAAGCUUGCAGCGAAGGCCAGCCCCAUCCAGGAAAGCCCUCGCUAAACACCAAGACCAGGAAUGUAGUGACUGCGGGAAGACCUUCUUUGACCAUUCGUCACUCCUCCGUCACCAGAGGACUCACACUGGAGAGAAGCCCUAUGGCUGUCCUGAGUGUGGGAAGGCCUUCAGUCACAGGAGCAGUCUCAGCAGACAUCUGAUGUUGCACACAGGGGAGAGCCCCUAUGAGUGCAGUGCCUGCGGCAAAGCCUUCUUUGACAGGUCAUCCCUCACUGUGCAUCAGCGGGUGCACACAGGAGAGAGACCUUUCAAAUGCAGCGAGUGUGGCAAAGCCUUCUUUGACAGGUCGUACCUUACUCGCCACCAGAGAAUCCAUACCGGGGAGAGUCCCUAUGAAUGUCAGCAGUGUGGUAAAGCCUUUAGCCAGAAGAGCAUUCUCACUCGGCACCAGCUGAUCCACACUGGCAGGAAACCAUAUAAAUGCAGUGAGUGUGGCAAAGCCUUCUUUGACAAAUCAUCCCUUACUCGCCACCAGAGAAUCCAUGCCAGGGAGAGUCCCUACGAAUGUCAGCAGUGUGGCAAAGCCUUUAGCCAGAAGAGCAUUCUCACUCGGCACCAGCUGAUCCACACUGGCAGGAAACCAUAUAAAUGCAGUGAGUGCGGAAAAGCGUUCUAUGUGGUUUCCUCCCUUAACAGACACCAGAAGGUGCAUGCUGGGGAGCCACACCAUCAGUGCGACCAGUGUGGCAAAGCUUUCUUCGAACGUUCUUCUCUCACAAAGCACCAGAGGACACACACUAGAGAGAAGCCAUAUGAGUGCAGCGAGUGUGGGAAGGCCUUCGGCCAGAAGUGCCGGCUCACACUACAUCAGAGAGUUCACACAGGGGAGAAGAAACCCUUUGAGUGUAGUGUGUGUGGAAAACAGUUCAGCUUCAAGUCUUCUGUUAUUCAGCAUCAGAGGCGUUAUGCCAAACAAGGGACAGACUGACCAAAGGAGAAGCAUUAGCUACACAAAGGGCCUUCCAUAAGCGUGCUAGGUCUCCAUGUCCUCUACAAACCCAGCAUUUGCUCCUCCUGUCUACUGUGGCUGCUGUCCUGUCCACCUCUGCUCCACAGGGUCUGAGUAAUCAACAUACCUAGUGUGGAGUGCAGAAGCUAAAACCCGAAUCCAGAUUCAAAAUCGUGGGCAGAGCUGGCUGUUGCUCCUGCUCCUUGACCCCAGCACUGUAGAAGGUUGCUGGAGAGAGUGUCAGCAACAGGGUAUGGCUUAGGAGGGGAGUCCAAAGACAUAACUCUUUGAGAACAUAGGCCUGUUGUCUCUGCACUGAACUAGAUGCAGGCUAUUACAGGAGGGGAAUGUCACAAUUAUGGGAAAACACCAUUUUCUCCAGAAGUUUCUAUAGUUUUAGUCCCUGUGAAGCCUUUUGGCAUACAGACAUAGUUGUCUUGUGCCCUAGCAUUUAGCCCUCCUGGUAGUAGUAGUAGUGCUAACACUUAUUAAGAGCUUAUCCUGGGGCAAAUACUCAGCAGAGAAUUGUAGCAGGGCGAGAUUGACUGAUCCUCUAACUAGUCCUUUUGUCUCUCACAGAUGAGCACCAUGAGGUUUGUUCAAGAGAUUAAGGAAUAUAUUCUAGGUGACACAAGGUGAAGCCAGGUGUCUUAGUUACUGUUCUUUUACUGUGUGGAGUCAUGCUGACCAGAGCAACCUAUAAAAGAAUUAAUUAAUUAGUUAGGGGCUUGCUUCCAUUUCCAGUCAGUCUGUGGCAGGGAGCAUGACAACAGAUAGGUAAGCAUGGAGCUGGAGCAGUAGCUGAGAGCUUACACCUGAUCCACAGGUAGUUGGCCUAGAGAUGGGGAGACACACUGGUCUUGGCAUGGGCUUUGGAAAAUUCAAAGCCCAUCCUCAGUAACACACCUCCUCGAACAAAGCCACACUCGGGCUGCAGAGAUGGCCUAGUGGUUAAGAGCAUUGGCUGUUCUUCCAGAGGUCAUGAGUUUGAUUCCUAGCAACCACAUGGUGGCUCACAGCCUAAUGAGAUCUGGUGCCCUCUUCUGGUGU